AUGUCGGAUAACCAGAGCUGGAACUCGUCGGGCUCGGAGGAGGAUCCGGAGACGGAGUCCGGGCCGCCGGUGGAGCGCUGCGGGGUCCUUAGCAAGUGGACAAACUAUAUUCAUGGGUGGCAGGAUCGUUGGGUAGUUUUGAAAAAUAAUACUCUGAGUUACUACAAGUCUGAAGAUGAGACAGAGUAUGGCUGCCGAGGCUCCAUCUGUCUUAGCAAGGCUGUCAUCACGCCUCAUGAUUUUGAUGAAUGCCGAUUUGAUAUUAGUGUAAAUGAUAGCGUUUGGUAUCUUCGUGCUCAAGAUCCAGAUCACAGACAGCAGUGGAUAGAUGCCAUUGAACAGCACAAGACUGAAUCUGGAUAUGGAUCUGAAUCCAGCUUGCGUCGACAUGGCUCAAUGGUGUCAUUGGUAUCCGGAGCAAGUGGCUACUCUGCAACAUCCACUUCCUCAUUCAAGAAGGGCCACAGUUUGCGUGAGAAGCUGGCUGAAAUGGAAACCUUCAGAGAUAUACUGUGUAGACAAGUUGAUACUCUGCAGAAGUUCUUUGAUGCCUGUGCUGAUGCUGUCUCCAAGGAUGAGCUUCAAAGGGACAAAGUGGUAGAAGAUGAUGAAGAUGACUUUCCUACGACACGUUCUGAUGGAGACUUCUUGCAUAAUACCAAUGGCAAUAAGGAAAAGGUAUUUCCACAUGUAACACCAAAAGGAAUUAAUGGUAUAGACUUUAAAGGUGAGGCGAUAACUUUUAAAGCAACUACUGCCGGAAUCCUUGCUACACUUUCUCAUUGUAUUGAGUUAAUGGUAAAACGUGAGGAUAGCUGGCAAAAGAGAAUGGACAAGGAAAGUGAGAAGAGAAGAAGGGUGGAGGAAGCAUACAAAAAUGCUGUGACAGAACUUAAGAAAAAAUCCCACUUUGGAGGACCAGAUUAUGAGGAAGGCCCGAACAGUUUGAUUAAUGAAGAGGAGUUCUUUGAUGCUGUUGAAGCUGCUCUUGACAGACAAGAUAAAAUAGAAGAACAGUCGCAGAGUGAAAAGGUCAGGUUACAUUGGUCUACUUCAAUGCCAUCUGGAGAUGCCUUUUCUUCUGUGGGGACUCACAGAUUUGUCCAAAAGCCCUAUAGUCGCUCUUCCUCCAUGUCUUCCAUUGAUCUAGUCAGUGCCUCUGACGAUGUUCACAGAUUCAGCUCCCAGGUUGAAGAGAUGGUGCAGAACCACAUGACCUAUUCCCUGCAGGAUGUAGGUGGAGAUGCCAACUGGCAGCUGGUUGUAGAAGAAGGCGAGAUGAAGGUAUAUAGAAGAGAAGUGGAAGAAAAUGGGAUUGUUCUGGAUCCUUUGAAAGCUACCCAUGCAGUUAAAGGCGUUACAGGACACGAAGUGUGCAAUUACUUCUGGAAUGUUGAUGUGCGCAAUGAUUGGGAAACAACUAUAGAAAACUUUCAUGUGGUGGAAACAUUAGCUGAUAAUGCAAUCAUCAUUUAUCAAACGCACAAGAGAGUGUGGCCAGCUUCUCAGCGGGACGUCUUAUAUCUUUCUGCCAUUCGAAAGAUAUCAGCUUUGAAUGAAAAUGACCCAGAGACUUGGAUAGUUUGUAAUUUUUCUGUAGAUCACAGCAGUGCUCCUCUAAACAAUCGAUGUGUCCGUGCCAAAAUAAAUGUUGCUUUGAUUUGUCAGACCUUGGUGAGCCCCCCAGAGGGAAACCAGGAGAUUAGCAGGGACAAUAUUCUAUGCAAGAUUACAUACGUGGCCAAUGUAAACCCUGGAGGAUGGGCACCAGCUUCGGUGUUAAGGGCAGUGGCAAAACGAGAGUAUCCAAAGUUUCUAAAGCGUUUCACUUCUUACGUACAAGAAAAAACUGCAGGAAAACCUAUUUUGUUCUAG